GCCUGCUGAACUGACGACCGAAUACCUCUGGAGACUCAACCCAGAAACGUCACAGCCGCCGCCUGCAUACAAAGCAUAUGCAGCCAAGCCGGUGCCGAUCCAAACCCAUUCAGAGCGCGAAUGGACCUGGACGACACCGCCAUGGUCCGCCACCGGCGCAAGAUGAACAAGCGCAAGCUACGCGCGCAGGAAAAGGCCCGCCUGGCCUCGCUCGAGACGAGCGUCGCCCGUCUGCGCCACGAAACAGCCGACCUCGAGUCGACGCUGAGCGACAAGUUCGCUGAGCACGUCCCGAUCAGCGCGCUACUGGGCGUCGUCCAGCGCACCGUGGCCGCGCUCGCGACGGGAUGGUCGCCGGCCGUCGCCCACACGCAGGAGGCACUCCUUAGCAGCCUCUUCCGCCCCGACAUUGCCUUCAACGGCGCGGUCGUCGGGCCCGUCAACAUGAUCGAGCGCUGGAAACGAUCGUGCCAGGCCGCCCGCGGGUUUGCGAUGGCACUCGAGUCGGUCGACGUCGUCGCCCGCCGCCUCGUGCGACUACAACUGCGCGUGGGGUUCGAGUCGCCACGCGAGAGCGCCGAGGCCAUGUACCCCGACGUAGAGGCGAUCCUCGGGUCGAAUCCGUUAUUCCGCACCAUGUGUCACCGGUCGCCGCCGCCUUUGCGCUGGACGUGCCACGUGACCUUUGACGAACACUUUCGCGUCAAGCGACUCGAGAUCGACCCGCAGUACGCGGCGCUGCUCACGGCGCUGUGGCCGCACGUCGACGACGUCAUCGAGAUCAUGACCUAUUUGGAGACAAAAGCCCGGUCGCGAACCAUUCAGUUAUAGUACGAGGUACUAGCAUUAAUAAUAAUAGAGUAGUUAGCAAGAAGAAAGUCGAGUCAUAACACAACGUCGAUCAA